UAUUCUUGAAUGGGAUGAUAAUCAGCCUCAAUAUGGUUGGUUCGAUCAUGAGAUAUACUGGAUUGAUGACAAUUCUAAUCGCAUUGAUAUUAUUCCCAUGGAGAGGUGUGGGCAAGGAGCUCCUAAAUUAAAGAGAAGCACUUGAAUCUGGAGAAUCUCAUCUGUGACAAAAGACAUACUGCAUUAUGCAGCUUUCGCAGUUAAUUUGGAAACAACUUGUUUCUUAAGAAGUGAGUCACAAAGAUAAUACAAUACCCUAUGGUUGAUCUUUUGAGUGUCUAAAAUUGCCUAAGCCCAAUCUGAGUCAACAUAUGAUAUAAGCGAAAGGCCAUAAGAUGCUGAGAAAAAGACACCGCAAUUAAGUGAAGAUGCUGAGAAAAAAAAUAUUACAACUAAGUGAUGAUCUGACAUAUGGAAUGAUACUCUGGACAACAUCCAUAUGGGUUAAGCGAGGAACCUGGACGAACUGGCCAACAAAAUGAACUGGAUAACUGAUAUCUUACUUGGUAAUGGUGAGACAUUGCGGUCCCCCAACUAACUACAGUAGGGCACCCUAUAGGGUAGCGACUUCCUAUCAGAUGCGGAUAACCAAACAUUACGUUCUGUUGGGUUAUCUACAAUUAAAGUCAGUGAAAGUUGGCCUGGGAGAUAAGAUCACGAGCGUACUUUCAUAGAGUAACAAUGAUCCAAUGAUCCCUUGAGCAGACCAAGUAAUCUCUAAACCAAGAAAUAUGUCAUGCCUAUCAUUUGCAACUAAGAAGGGGAAGGGGAAGGGGAAGGGUUGGGCUCAGCAUAAUUUUUGUGGGUAGGCGAUGACAGGCACCAUCAAUUACCUGAAACAUCACCUAACAAAAAUUCAGGGUGAUGUACAACCAUGUGGCAAGGUGCCUGUGGCCGUUAAGGAGCAGAUAUGGAAGGCAAUGGAGGUAGCAAAAGGGAAACAAGUACGCAAAGAGAGGAUUUUUGAGGAGAUAGGGAGGGGAUAUUAUUCAUUUUAUGUAGGUGAUAACUCGACAAAGUUUGAGGCUCAUAUGGAGUAGGCUAGGCAGGCUAGUCUAGCAGACUUUCAUAAGAGGCGCAAAUCGACAAGAUAUUUGCUAGACAGGCAGGAGUUUCUAGAAGUUGUGAUACUGAACUUAUAGUGCCUCUCGAGCCUGUGGUGCCUGGCAUGAGAGUGUGGCCUUGGGCUACUUGGAUCAACUUCUAGUAGACUGAGAUGGUCAAUCUCAUCCUACCAUUUUGCUGCAGGUCGACCAUCUACUACUUCCCAACCUUGUCCCGACCCCGACCGUGACCCCGAAGCCGACCCUGAACCUGACCUUGACUCUCUAGACUUGGCCCCUGUAUGCCCCAAUAUCAACAGACGAAACUCAAAAGUCUUGGGGGAAUAAACCCUAGGAUAUGGUGAAGAAGUCAAUUGCAAUGUAGUUUUAUCAUAUUGCCAACCCAUUUCACGCAGCUAAGUCCCCAUAUUAUCAACUCAUGAUAACUGCAAAGCCUGAAGCCUGGCUGGUGUGAAGUCUCCAAUGGCAGAUGAGCUUGCAAGGAAGCUCCUAGACGAUGAGGUUGGUGAAGUAGAAUUAUACAUUCAAGAUUUUAAGUAGUCAAAGGGUGAUUCAGGAAUAUGUCAGAUGGUUGGGAGGCUGGGAAAGGGAAGCGCAUAAUGAAUUUUCUAGUCUGUUGCCCCAAGGGAACAAUUUCCCAAUCUAGUGUAGAUCUUUCCACAAGAGGAGGACGGGAAGGCUCUUCUUCAAGAAGCUUGAUACGGUAGAGAAAGAUGUUGUGGAGGACAAAGUGGUGCAGUAAAGGCUGGUAAGAAGUUGAUUUUGGAUAGUCCAAAUGAGGAAAUUGUCACUGAGAUGUUAUUCUCUCUCUCAAAACUUGCUUCUAGGUCAAUUCUUGUCCUGGAUGAACAGGUGGAUUUGUUGGUAUCCCUCCUUGGUCGGAAUCCUUUCUCUUCUAUUCAUGCAGUGGCUUUGAGAUGUCUUAGCUUCCUCUCCCCAAAAGCAUUUUGGUGUACCCCAUUUAAUUGUAACAUAGUCAAAAUACUGAUAAAUAUUGUCAAAAAUACAAAUAAUUUACUCGAUGAAGCACUUACAAUAUUAAAGAAGUCGUGCUGUUACAUUUUGUGUCACAUGGAUCAAUCCGAGAUACUGGAAUUAAUAUUGGUAGUCGAAAAUGCUUCUCGCUGUCAUAUUGUAUCGAAGAGAUAUGCAGCCCUCAGCCUUUUGGUUGAUAUAACAUGUAAUCUCAAAAGAAUGAGGAUACCAUUCUUUUGUGAUUCUCCAGAACUUUUAUCUCCUCAUUCUAUCGCAGAGAAUGUGGCUCUUGUCCCCUAUGGGAAAGCUUCAGCACCCUUACCGUGGCGUGUUGCUCUGUUAGUUAUUGAUCAGAUAUCCUUCCUGGUAAAAGGGCUUGAUCCCAAUAAAGCAACUAGAGAUCUCUCCCAUUAUUCUUCCACUAUUAUGAACGGUGUAUUUUAUGGAUUGAAACAGGAAUGUCAGAACUUGCUUAAGCUCCUUUUACUCCUUGUUGAAGAGUAUCCUCGGGUAGGUCUGUUGGCCAUUGAUAGAUUCAGAUGGUUAAUGGAAAUUCUAUUAGGCAUGCAAGUUAAUCCUGAGCUUGCAGGUUCUGAAGAUGAGAUUAUUCAAACCUGCAAGGAGAUUCCAAUAAGAAGUUUAUGCGUUCAUGAGUUCAGUGAAUUCAAUGAUGGAAAGGAAAAAUUUCCUAUUGAUUCUGGGCUUAUGGCAUGCAUUAGUCGGUUCUUGGCCACAUGUCUUGAUAUACUUGAUACAGUGGAUUUUUUUGAUUGUCAAGUAGUUGGUACACUGCAACUCCUUGUCGGACGCUUAACGAAAGCGUGCAUUAGUUUGCCUGGAAUAUCCCCCUUUCUGUUGCGAUCAUGUCUUAUUUGGCAUGGUCAAGUCCGAGCACAGGGCAUAUCUCAUUUAAAUUGCAAGAUUAGCUCGGAAUGCUUGACUUUGGAAUUUGCAAAGAAAAUGAUAAUGAGCAAAGAAUUAUGGGUAGCAUACAAAAUUGGUGUUUUUGCUGCUUGUCAGGGUGCUUGGUUUGUGGCCGUGUUCACUUUUCAGCAAUUGCUUGAUCGGGUGCAGUUAGGUCCUUGUCAUUUUUGGCUGAAAUCAUUGGCACAGUUUGCAGAGGCAGAAAGUGGAAUCCAAUUGCUGCUCUUUCCAAGGAAUGACACUGAGUGGCUGAAGACAAUUGAAGACAAUAGAACAUUCUGCACUACUUUCGCUGAAGUCAUUGCUCAAGAGUCUACCUGCAAUUCUGAUAUGUUUUCUUGCUCUGAUAUUAUUGCCAUGGCACAUAGGGCAAUCUCUUCUUCAGGGGAAAUAUUGACAGGUGCUGUUACAUUGAAGUCAGCCUUUUAUUUUCAAAGGUGGUUCUUGAGUCUUCACGCAAAAUAUCUUGGAAUUUUAGUGAACAUAAUGGGGAUGUUGAGUUCCAAUAUUUUCAUUGAUGAAACUGUUGAAAAUGUGGUGACCCAGUUGGAAGGUGUAUGGGAAAAGAAAGCUCAAGAUAUGCUCACUUUGGAGCGUCGAUUUCUUCAGGCUUCAGAUAGUUUGAGGAGGUUAGCAGAAGAGCUUGAUCUUCUUAAGAUGUCUUUCAUGGAUAUGAACUACAAAGGCUUUAGAAGCAUAACAUAUGUUGCCUUGGGCUGUUCACUGCUAGCAUUUUGUGCUACCUUUGUUGUUUACUUUCCAAAGUUGCCUAAUUAUGAAACUUCAAAAUUUUCAAGAAACUCGAGAGGGGCUCUGGACCUGGUUCAAGAUCUAGCUCAACGUUUGUGGCAUGAAGACAGCAAGAUUAGCAAAGACCUCGAAUACUUCUCCACAAUUUUUGGGGAGGUGGAAAGUUUCACAGAGGCAGGGGUACGAAUGUCAAGUAAAGGAUGUAAAGAAAGGGCUGGUCUAGACAUUUGUAGGUUUUCUGUAUCUGGUGUCAUUAAUUUGCAAGCGAAAGCUCAAGGAGUAAAAGAUGAAUUCGAUUUAUUUAAAGUACACAGUGAAGGGCUAAAGCUUAUGUUAGACAUUAUUAUGAAGUGGAUUUUCUUGCCUUCUCAGAUUCCAUUUUACUUCUUUCAAACAAGGCCCUGUAUUGGAGCUGAGAUCUUUGCAUCAAAUUCUGAUGGUGGAAGCCCCAAUGCAAUAAUAACCAUUCCCCCAGGCUUCCAACUAUCUUUGAACCUCUGCCUCCAAACAAAGAACAUGCCAUCCAAGGGUGUUUCUCGGAUAGCUAAGAUUUACUGCAUAAUUGCAGCCCGCCAGUCUGAUCAAAUAAUAGAAGGAAAUGAAGAAGCCAUGGCGCAACAGGGGUUGGGGUUUUGCCCUUCUAAAACAGAGGAAAUGUUGGUUCUUAACAAGGAGUUACUACUGUACAUGAAGAGAGAUGUUAAGGGUAGUGUUGGGAUAUCUGAAGGGCUAGAUAAUAGUGGGCUUGUGAAAUCUUUUGUGUGUUUUGAACCAAAUGGAAGGGGGCAAGGUUUCUCUACAUCUUUGCUUGAUGUUUCUAACUUUCCAGAAGGCACAUAUAGGAGUAUUUGGCACAGUUGUUGUAUUGAUAGUAAGGGUCGUUGCUGGAGUUUGCUGCCUCUUAACAUGGGUCCAUUCUUCAGUAUCAGGAAGCCUCCUCCCCCAGCGUGACCUCUUGUCAUUCGGGUCCGGGUAGAGGUAUACAAGGCAUAUGAAGCCGCCUCCAUUUUUCCUGCACGGUGUUUACAUAUGUAAAUAUUUUUCUUGUGUAAAUAUUUAAGCACGAACCAAUUGUGAAAGUCUUAGGAAAAUAUCGAUGAAACUUAGAUAAUAAACAAGGACGCGACCCAAAGGAGGACAAUAUAUACAGUAUUGAAACAAAGGAAAAUUUAUGUAAAUGUCUCAUAUCUUUUGAAAUUUAUAAAAUGUCCCUAAUAUUUUAUAAAAUGUCCCGAAUGUUAUAUAAAAUGUAACCAUUUUUUAA